AAAGCAUCUACGUUUCCGAUUUUCGUGCAGAAGAGCACGUGCCGUGGGUUAUUGUGAGUGAGCUGGUUAUUGACAAAUGACGUUUUAAUGACAUAGAAGUACGCUAAUUGACAACCGAUUUAGAAUUUGUGAUAAUUCGGAAAGUUAUAGAGGUGAUGUCUGAUAGCAGGUUGUCCUGCGCUGGUGUAACUGUGCAUCUUACGAAGGUUGACCAUACCUAUGUUGUUUGUUGACUUCACUGUUUUAGUGAAAUAAGUGGAUUAAUGAAUGUUCCAACGAAAGUGGCGUUUUGGAUACUACUAAGGAAUAUAUGAGAACACGAUGUGUCCUUUCAACAGUCUAACACAAAUCAUGCUGCUCAUCCUGGUCAUCAUUUUAAUCAACGCAGCAGUGAUAAACACCCUAUCUGUGAAAUUCCAAAAUGAAUCUGUUACAAUACAUAUGGAUGAUAGUAUCAGCGUGCCAUACACUAUACUAAAGGACCAGACAGUUGAAUCUGAAGAUAAUGCAAAAUAUCUGCUGCAAUUGAAGUCCGAUGAUGACAAUAUAGCAAAUACCAACGAGCAAAUAUAUUUUAGUUACAAUGAGCUACCUUUGCAAGCUUCGCUGAAUAUUUCUGGAGUUUUUCUAGGAAAAACUUCAGUUUCAUGUAAAGAUGUUACGAGAAAUAAAACAAUUGAAGGACAUUUAGACGUAAUUGUCAUAAGGAAACAACGUUUAAUCGACACAAUUUUUACAGUAUCAGUAGCCACAUUAGUUAGUAUAAUAUAUAUUAACUUUGGUUGCUUUUUGAAUUGGGGUGAACUCAAAAGAAAUUUGACGAGGCCUAUUGGUCCAGUAAUAGGAUUGUGUAGUCAGUUCAUUUUCAUGCCAAUGUUGAGUUACGGACUAGGACAACUUUUGUUUCCGGAGAGUCCUGAAAUGCAACUUGGAAUGUUUUUUACUGGAGUUGCCCCCUCUGGUGGAGCCUCCAACAUUUGGACAGUAGUUCUGGAUGGAAAUGUAGAUCUUUCAAUAACAGUGACCAGCUUAGGCAAUUUCCUAGCCUUACUAAUAAUGCCGAUGUGGAUAUUCAGUCUGGGUAAACUAAUAUUCAACCAGGCAAAACUAGGUGUACCAUACAGACUUGUUGUAUUUUCUGCUUUGGGUUUAAUUAUACCAUUGGCUAUUGGAUAUUUGUUGACAAGAUAUUGCAAAAAUUUGGCCUCAUUUUUGGCCAGGAUUUUGAAGGGAUUAUCAUCAUUACUUCUGAUAUUUAUAAUAGUGUUCGCUACAGUCACAAAUUUGUACUUAUUUAAAAUUUUCUCUUGGAAGAUUAUUGUGGCAGGGAUGGCUUUACCAUAUUUAGGUUUUACAUUAGCUUUCAUUCUGUCAAAAAUACUAAGACAAGCAGAUCCAGAUUGUUUAGCAAUAGCUAUUGAGACUGGGAUACAGAAUACAGGAAUAGCUAUAUUUUUACUGAGAUUUUCUCUGACACAACCAGCAGCUGAUUUAACAACAGUGUGUCCAGUUGCUGUAUCGAUGAUGACUCCAAUUCCCUUGUUAGGAAUAUACAUUUACAAAAAGAUUCAAGCAAGUAAUCAUUUUUCAGGAUACGAGGCCCUUCCAAGGACAUAGAAAAUAGAAAUGAAGGUAUUUUGAGUAAUACAGAGGAACCAGAUUGCUACACAAUAAAUAGGCAAGAAUGAGAGGAGCCUUGAUGAUGUAUAUAGAUGUCAGAUUAAGAAGUAGUUUGUAAAAAUAAUAUCAUUGGAGUUGAUUCCUGAAUGUUUAAAUAUGAGUUGAACUUAAAGAUUGAAUGUUUAAAAAUUUGACAAGAUUUUUUUCAGAGCAUAUGUAAUUUUUAACAAAAUACAGUAGUGCCGUUUUCUAAUA